CAAGAUGAGAUGGUUCUUAGACAGGAUGCAGAGAGCAACUUGAACGCCUUUAGACAGGAUGUGGAUGAGGCGUCUCUGAACCGUGUCCAGUUGGAGAGGAAGAUAGAUGCACUGCAGGAUGAGAUUGCCUUCCUCAAGAAGAUCCACGAGGAGGAGCUGCGUGAGCUGCAGGAGCAGCUGAUGGCCCAGCAGGUCCAUGUGGAUGUGGACGUGUCCAAGCCAGACCUGACCGCUGCUCUGAGGGACAUCCGGGUCCAGUAUGAGUCCGUGGCCUCCUCGAACAUUCAGGAGACGGAGGAGUGGUACCGCUCCAAGUUUGCCGACUUGACCGACGCAGCUACUCGGAAUGCAGACGCCUUGCGAUUGGCCAAACAGGAGGGCAACGAGUACCGCCGGCAACGCCAGGCCAUGACCUGUGAUGUGGAGGCGCUCCGUGGAACAAACGAGUCUCUGGAGCAGCAGCUGCGUGAGAUGGAGGACCGUUUCUCCGUGGAGACGGCUGGUUACCAGGAUAUGGUGGGUCAUCUGGAGGAGGAGAUCCAGACUCUGAAGGAGGGGAUGGCCAGACACCUGCAGGAGUACCAGGACCUGCUCAAUGUCAAACUGGCCCUGGACAUAGAGAUCGCUACCUACAGGAAGCUGCUGGAGGGAGAGGAGAGCAGGAUCACUGUUCCAAUGCAGAGCUUCUCCAACCUGCAGUUCAGAGAGACCAGUAUAGACACUAAGUUCUCUCCAGAGGCCCAUGUCAAGAGGAGCAUCAUAGUGCGGACUGUGGAGACUAGAGACGGGGAGAUCAUUAAGGAGUCUACAGCUGAGAGGAAGGAGAUUCCUGACAGUCCUUAAAGGACACAAAUGGUGCUGGCUAUAUGUCUGUCAUACUGUCCCCACUCCCCAGUAACACUUAGAGGCCUUGCAUGAUAAUGAUACCCUUUCCUGACCAGGCACCUCCCUCUUCUCCAAACCUCAAAGUCCUCCCAGUUGCAACCACCUCACCAUCCCCUUCCUCCCCUCUUCAUCAUCACCCCCAGACCAUGCUACAUCAUUAAAUACUUAGGAGUUGCAUUUUGUUGAAACAAAAAAAUCCCUCAUUGCAUCCUUGUUGGCAUUUUUGCACAAAAAUAUUAUUUUUGUAUUGCUGUAACUGGAGAUAGGCUUUAGUGCUGGGAAGUGUGGCCAUGCACCUUAGAAGGAAGGGUCUUGGACUACUACCCUUUGUGAUUAACAUACUUAAUGCUUGGAAAUGUAUAUUUUGUUCAGCUCAUAAUAGUGACAGAUCAGAGUGGGACAUGUUCUCAAUGUGUUUGGAUAGUAGCCAGAGAGGAGGCCUUGAAAUGUAGUGAUUGUUAUUCAGCGAGUGGCAGGGGUCGUGCUGAAGUUGUGUGGUUUGAGUGGAUGUGAGAAGUCAAGAGGAAAGUACAGUUGCUGGGGUUAGCAGUGGACAGGAUGGGUCUCAGACAAGGAAGAUGACAUGUGAAUGACAGUGCUUUUGGCAGAACUGUUGGUGAAAAGAAAGAAGCUGAUGUAACUCUCCUCUAGGGCCAAACACCAUAUCCAUUUCAUCCCUCCGUCAUACAAUCCACCCCCCCUCCCCUCUCUCUCUGGAUGCAGUAUCUCUAGUUCCACUGUUUCAUUGCAACAUCAUAUUUUAACACUAGAACAGCGCCCGGGAACAUCCACUUACGCACCAGGGGUGAGAGGGACAGGACGGACGUGAGACAGGGAGUAUUGACGAGACCCUUACCUCUGAAAUCCCCUGUUCCUCCCCCAGCCCCAUCUCUGGAGUGUCAGUGAUUGUAGAGAGACACAGAAGAGGGUGUUGCUGAGAUAGCUUGGUGGUGGUGGAGCGGGUGGGGUUACACGGUGUCUCCCUGAUGACAGCCCUCUC